CUAUAAUUAAUGGUGUAUGCAAUCUAAUAUUAAUUAAUGUAUUUAAAAGAAGCAUCACAGAAUAAAUGCUAAGGACCUUUAAACCUUACAUUUACACCUCUAAGACACAAUGAAUCAUGUGUAGCCCUAUAAAUGCAAUUACCUCAUUUUAAUAUUUUAUGCCGUCAUUUCAAAGACGCGCUCAAGAAUACUUAGCCUUACUGUUAACGGGCAAAUGCUCUGAACGGGCGACGCAUGUCUCCUUUUCCCACCAGAAGAGGGCAAUCCGAUGCAUAGCACUUGCAAAAGAAGGUUAAGCAAUGACUGCACCAGUGCUGAGUGCAAUCACACUCACACACUCCUCUUAAAAACCUUCUUCUGUUUUUGACAGAUGUUCGGAUAAAGAAUAGCGCCCUGAAUGUGGCUUAUACAGCACCAUCUCUGAGCUCCCGUAAGAUCAGCAGAUAUCAGGAAUACAUCACUCAUCCUGCGCACAGCUUUCCAUUUUUUUUUUUUUUUUUUUUUUUUUUUUUUUACAGGACAUAAGAAAGAUGUUUGCAUCCCUCGCUUGGCUUUCUUCCUAGCUGCGCACCUUGCCGAACAUCCAAUGGUGCGCUUUUGCGCAAAUCUCUCCAAACUUUCCAACCAAGUGGAGGAUAUUUUAAUGUGAAGGAUAUAGCUGAUACGCACACAUACGCGCUGGAAAUGUUCUUUUCGGACGUUCUCAUAUAAGUAAACCUCAAUGUUUGUCUCUUACGCUGGGAAGAGCUCUUAGGAUUUCUCCGUUGUUCACUUGGACAUGUUGCGCAGCGGCGCAACUGCGGAAUUGAAAUAACGCUGCUGUCGCUGGAGUUUCCGAACCUCGCCAACAUCUCGGGCUCCGCAGCUUUGGGCAGGUGCUCCUUUCUGAGUGUGUUUGAAGACGGUGCCAUGCGGAGUCUGGAAUCGCACAUCGAAGGGCUGUAAAACCUGCUGAAAACGCGACAUUUACGCAGAGAUGGGAUCCCUGGUGAGAUCCCGUUGGCUGAUGAUCCCCCUGCUUGUGCAGGCCUGGCUAUUGGCUUCCCAAGGCAGAGUCCGAGAGAAACCAUGUCCCCGAAGCUGCCGCUGCGAUGGCAAAAUAGUGUAUUGUGAGUCAAAUGCGUUCCGUGAUGUGCCAAAGAAUGUUUCCGUAGGAUGCCAGGGCCUCUCUCUGCGGUACAACAGUUUGGUGAACCUCAGGGCUGGUCAGUUUGCCAGCCUUAGCCAGUUGGUCUGGCUGUACCUAGACCACAACUACAUCAAUGCAGUGGACAAACAAGCUUUUCAGGGUGUUCGAAGACUAAAGGAGUUGAUCCUCAGCUCCAACAAGAUCACACAUUUGGAAAACAGCACGUUCCAUUCGAUCCCCAAUUUACGCAAUCUGGACCUCUCCUACAACAAACUUCAAGUCCUGCAGCCGAAUCAGUUCCAAGGCUUGCGCAAACUUUUGAGUCUCCACGUCAGAUCGAACUCCCUAAAGACAGUUCCCAUGCGAGUGUUUCAGGAUUGUCGAAACCUAGAGUUCCUUGAUUUGGGCUACAAUCGACUGCGAAGUCUUACACGUAACGCAUUUGCGGGACUUCUCAAACUGACUGAGUUACACUUGGAGCACAACCAAUUCUCAAAGAUCAAUUUUUCUCAUUUCCCAAGGCUGAACAACCUCCGUGCUUUGUAUCUGCAGUGGAAUCGGAUAAAGUCAAUAACCCAGGGAAUUACAUGGACAUGGACCUCUUUGCAAAAGCUGGAUCUCUCUGGGAAUGACCUGCAAGUGUUGGAUUCAAGCAUCUUCCAGUGUCUCCCUAACUUGCAGACUCUUAAUCUGGACUCCAAUAAGCUAAGCAACGUGUCUCAAGAGGCCAUAUCAGCUUGGAUCUCUCUUACUACCAUCAGUCUUGCGGGAAAUAUUUGGGAAUGCAGCCCCAGCUUAUGCCCCCUUGUAGCCUGGCUAAGGAACUUCAAGGGGAACAAGGAGACCACAAUGAUUUGUGCUGGACCAAAGGAGGUUCAAGGUGAGAAAGUCAUCGAGGCUGUUGACACACAUGGUAUCUGUAAGACAACUCCCACCACUUACCUACCGAUCUCCUCCACUGUAAGCUCCCCAUCCAAACCUGGACGCUUCCCCCUGCCCACCAUGUUCAGGGUGAAUGAGAAAAUAACUCGCAACAACCCUGUUGCACCUUCCCCGACAACUGCCUCCCCGCCGAUCCCUGAGCAGGACUUUGAGCAUGUUUCAUUCCACAAGAUAAUAGCCGGCAGCGUUGCCCUCUUCUUAUCAGUGGCCAUGAUCUUGCUAGUGAUCUACGUCUCCUGGAAGCGUUAUCCCAGCAGCAUGAAGCAACUGCAGCAGCAUUCCAUGGUGAGAAAACGCCGGAAAAAGUCACGGGAGACAGAGCGCACCCUCAGCUCCCCACUUCAGGAAUAUUAUGUGGACUACAAACCCACAAACUCUGAGGCCAUAGACGUACUGGUCAAUGGGACAGGACCCUGUACCUACACCAUCUCCGGCUCCCGAGAAUGUGAGGCCCCUCAACAGAUGGGCACAUUGGCGUUCUACAGGUAUGAGCAGCCCAUCGUGGACUACUGCCAGGCUCACCAGCCCCUGCACAUGAACAGGGGCUUUGAGCCCCCGUCCCAGGCCCUCGAGGGGCUGGGGGCACGAGAACGCUGCGGCGUCCCAUCCACUGGUCUCCUUCCUUCCGUGCCUGCAGCCCCUCUGUCAGAUAUCCGCACCCUACCGCAGUGAGCCGGAGAUGGACUCAUCCCUGUCGCCUGUUUUCCUCGCUGAAUGUCCCCGGAGGGCGUACGCUCCACCCCCAACAUGAACCCACCACUAGACUGAAUCAGAGAUAUAUGGGCCAGUGUGAUAAACUACAGACUCUCAGGAGAGGACAGGAUCGACUCUGUCUUUGUCGUGAAGUGGGCUAAAACACACUCUGGUUUGUCAUCUGCAAGAAUCAUCUUCUGUACAAUCGAUGUGUUUGGAAUAAUCUAACAGGAUGUUUUUUUGGGGGGGAGGGGGGAAGCAUUUUAUCCUGAUGCUUUGGGCUUUUUUGUGAGCUCGGCCCUCUAAAUGUUUAAAAGCAUCAUGCUAAUGGCGAAACGUCUCAAGCGAGAAAUAAACAUCAAGGCCUUUAUUGACUCAACAGCACGCAUACUUUGACAGGCAUACAUUGGUGUUCUCCCAGAACCAGAAGUAAUUAAACGUAAAACACCGUCCCUUAAAUGGAUUCGAGAAACCAGAGCAGCGAGCAAAGGAAUUUCUGAGCAGGUUCUGAGCAUAAAAAUCUCUUUUAUCUCUUUCUAAUAAGGCCUUUCAGAAGGACUCCUGCCCCGUGAAGUCAGCGAUAAUUGCUUUAUAUAAAAUUGCCCAAAUUUAAUUCCUCAAGGUGAGCUGACGAAUUUGAAUUGUAAAUGAUAAUAUGACCCUCACUUGACGGCUUCUCUAUUGUGAAUCUUUAAAACGAGUCUUGAUCGUUUGGUAUUAUGAUGAAAGAACCCAUCACACCAUGCUGAUUUUACUCGCAAAAUCACUGACAGCUGUGACAUAAUUUAUCAGUGCUGUUUUACACCGACUGUGGCAAAUGUCUGACACAAUCUGUGAGGUAUUCAUAUUGAGUUUCCUUUCACUUUUAGGAUGUUAACACCAGGGUCAUUCCUGUUAGGCCUUAUAAAUUCUUGAACUUUUAAAAAAUAAAUAUGGCUGUGUGGUAUUUAAUUUAUUUCUAUAAAAUGGUCUUGAAGACAAUCAGGUCAAGAUCAGGCACUAACGUGAUUAAUUUAACAAUGGCAAGACAUGAGAAUGAUAUUUUUUAAAUUGCCUUGUAAAAUGUUGUUAUCAUACUGAUUUUUGUGAUUUAUCAAGCAGGAUGUUGUUUUCCCUCUAAAACGAUGUCACUUCCUGGAGAAUGAUGUCAUUAAGUAACUUUUUUGUUUGUAAAAAGCAUUUUACAGAUAACUAACAGAAUGGAAAGCGAGGAAAAUUAACAAUUAAAACACCUUUUUUUAUGGGACAUGAAAAUGCACUUAAAUAUAAAAUUAUUUUCACAAUGGCAAGAUAGUUUACGUGAGGAUGAUAUAUUUUUUAAAUGGUCUUUUAAAGGUGUCAUGAAUUGAGAAAUCAACUUUUCCUUGAGCGUUUGAUAUAUAAGAGGUCAUCAUACUAUAAGAAUAUCCUGUAAGUUUUAGAACUGAAAACUUCCUUGUUAGUCCAAUAAAAGCUUUUAUUGACACCAGGCCCAGUGAACGACUCGUCCCGGAAUGUGCCUAUAGAUAGGUGAAACCCCGCCUACACAGAAGAAAUCAACGCCUACUUCAUCAUUACAACAUUAGCCCCGCCCACUGGCGUGUUAGUGAGAUGACGAGGAGAGAAGAGCGAUACAGGACUAAAAAUAACAUUACCUUUCAAAGGAUCCUAAAGCUAGGAAUAUGAUUAUUAAUUUUCAACAAUGUGAAUGUCUUAUUUAUUUGUAUUUGGUACAUUUCAUUUUGGAUUCUUUGGUAAAUCAAUUGCAUUUCGGCACAGUCUUUGCAAAAAGACUUUUACGAUUCGACAGUAAUGCAACAACAUGUAAGUAACUGUGAUAAUUCUAAUGCCUGAUCUGAUAUGUAAUGAUUCAUGUACAGUCAGAUGUUCUUUGUUAAAGAACGCUCCCUUUACAAUCGUUGGAGCUGUCAAUCAAACAGCGCGAGUGUAUCAAUGACUGAGUUCUGGACUUGCGCCAAACUCCCGUUUCAUUCAACGAAUCUCUUAGUUACAUCGAGUUUGCACUGUUAGUUAUGAUAAAAGAAUUCGUUAGUGUGCAGAAAUUGAGUUAAAAUGACGAGAUCACUGCUUUCAUGCACUCAACAACAUGUCUGUGAUCAGCUACAAUGUUCAUCACUGCAGCCUUUCAUGCCACAAUCUAAAUAUAAUGCCAUAGAUCUAAAUGUAAUGCUAUAAUUAGUUCACAAUUAGUUUACCUUGAGAGCUGUAAUAGUAAAAUCGUACUAAAAGUUUUCAAGAGAGUAAUACAUAGCUAUAUCAUAUUGCAAUGAUGUUAGCCAAUCACAGUCUCACAGCAGUUCAAAUAAGAGGGCUAAAAUCAGGGCAGGAAAAAUGCAUUUUAUUUCUAAAUUAUGACAAUUUUUGAUGUAAAAAGCAUACUAACAUUACAAGUGCACCCCAGGAAACAUUAAAAAACAAUGCAGUUCAUGACCCCUUUAAAAUUUUAUCAAGCAGGAUGUUGUUCUCCCUCUAAAAUGAUGUCACUUCCUGGAGGGUGAUGUCAUUAAGGAACUUUUUUGUUGUUGUUGUUUUUGUUUUUGUGAAAAGCAUUUUACAAAUUAAAAGAAUGGAAAGCAAGGACACUGGAAAAUUAACAAUUAAAACAACUUGAUUUAGGGGACAUGGAAAUGUCCAGCAUAGCAGGAAUGACCCACAUCUGUUGUUGAAGCCUAUUGGUUAUAUCUUUUACGUACCCAUUAUGAAAGUGGAUGUACGUUGCAGUGUACUACGUUAGUACCAUAAACUGUUAACCAUCAUCAUCUUGCACCUCUGUCCCACGUAACACCACUGAUUGGACAUUGUGCCAUAUUUCACAGAGGCCCGGACGAUCCAUUAAAAGACAUGGAAAUGGAUUCCUUUUCUUUCUGUUUUGCCACAACUCACAUUCCAGCUGGAACUGUACAAAUAAAGACCAUGGGAGUGACCUAGAGACGCUAUAAAGUGGGAGAAAGCACUUCCCAGACUGGACUUCUUGUCUUGUACAUAUUAUGUAAAUUAAAACAAGGAUGUCUUUGCUUCUACAAAAACACAAUCUUGUUACCUAGAAGAGGAGCCUUAUCUUUAAUCCAGGAGGAAGUGAACAUGCAUUCAGUGUGUGUGUGUGUGUGUGUGUGUGUGUGUGUGUGUGUGUGUGUUUGUGUGUGUGUGAGCGCGGGUGCAUGAACUGAAAGUGCGAAUGGAAAAAGAAGGAGAAGAUGGCUGUGUUAGAAUAUUAGCCUGCUGUUUGAAAAGAACAUUGGUUUUACAUAAUUGCAACAUAUGUUCGAUGCAUCUGUCAAGUGUGACAGUCAAACACCUGUCCUCUAAUAAUGAUUACAGUGAUUUUCCAACCAAAUGUUUUUAUACCAGUAUUUAUGUGAGAAAAAAAAGAAGAUAACUAGUAUAUACUUUUACAUUUUACAUUCUCCCAACCCCUUCAAUGCAAUACUUGCGUCUGUAGAGCGGAAUGACCCAUUUCAGUUCUGAUGCCAAGAUUGUGAUGAUUAUUUUAAGCAUUUGACUGUGUUUCCCUGUAUCUUAGCAAUGAGGUUGAUAUAUUUCAUUUUGUCUAUUCAACAGUUAUAAAGCGUAAAUUUGUUUUUUUAA